AUGGAUCCUCAGAGACCUGGCAGUGGCUUACCAUCUCGGCCCUUGGACUCAUCAGCCCCAGGCCCAUCGGAAAGACCCAAAGUUCAACAGCCGAAACCCCAGGCUCUCGCCAAUCGCUCUGGACCCUCCGCGAUCCUCGUGUCCACCCGCCAGAAGGGCAACCCAAUUCUAAAUCACAUCAAGCUACUCCCCUGGGAAUAUGCCGAUAUCCCCGCCGACUAUGUAGUUGGAACCACAACCUGCGCCAUGUUCCUCUCGCUAAAAUACCACCGCCUACAUCCGGAAUACAUCUACGCCCGAGUCAAGCAGCUGGCUGGAAAAUACAAUCUGCGCCUGGUACUGGUCAUGGUUGACAUACAAAAUCACGAAGACAGUCUCCGGGAACUAUCAAAGACAUCCAUUAUUAAUAAUCUGACCUUGAUCCUGUGCUGGUCCGCACCAGAAGCAGCACACUACCUCGAGCUAUACAAGUCUUCGGAGAAUGCCCAGCCAACCGCGAUCCGCGCCCAACAACCGCAGACCUACAAAGAGUCACUUGUGGAAUUUGUGACAGUUCCACGAAGCAUCAACAAGUCCGAUGCGGCGAGUCUGAUCUCCACAUUUGGUAGCUUGCAGAAUGCUAUCAAUGCGCAACCUGAGCAAAUCAGUGCCGUGCCGGGCUGGGGAGAGAAGAAGGUUCAGCAGUGGUGCAGUGCUGUCCGCGAAGACUUCAGGGUGGAGGGCUCGAAGAAGUCUUCUGCUCCAGCACGCCGUCCGCCACCUGUAGCACCUGCGGUCGAUAAGCCCUCGGAGAAUGUCGACGAAGAGGAUGAAGAAGAGGCGAUCCUGCGUGCUGUUUUGGAAGAAAGCCGGCAAACGGCAGCUUCUGAGGCCGCGAGGACCAGUGAACCUCGGGCGGGUCAGCCCGAAGAGAUGAGUGACGGCAUCGCGGCGGCCCUCGCACGACUGCGAGAGAAUGGUGGCUGA